UCAAAUGCUGCCCUAUCGCGCGGCGACCAACUGAGUCAAGCUCGAGUCACAUCGCCCAAAUCGGAUUUGCAAAACGGCGAAAGACGCAAUCUUCUUUGUCUCCCCGAUCUCACAGAGAUGUACGCCGCCGUUAGAGCUGCGAUUCUCAGACCACAAAGCUUGUCUUCUCACCUGAAAACCGCGUUUUUCCAUUCUACUCCUGUCUUAGAACGCAAACGUCGCACUUCCUGGGAUUCGAAAUCACAUGUUCACAAGAAGAGGUUCAGAAGAAUGAGGGAAAAGCAAGAAUUAUUGCGUAAUGUGAAUGCUUUUGCGUCAAGCAUGUUUACGAGUUGGCAUGAUGAGUUUGAUGACGAUGAGCCCCCCUCGCGGAAGCAAAACUCGUGGUACAAAAAGCAGUACUCCAAGGAACCCAAAGGAAAAUGGAAUGGCAAAAACGGCUCCCCGAGUUGGGGUAAAAGGCACUUCGAUUUCUGUGAAGUUGAUGAGGACUUUGACGUGGACUAUGUAUUCCGAACUGCUUUUGGUGGAUCCCGAGGUUUCUCUUUUUCAUUCACCCAUGAUGAGGAUGAACCUCGAUGGCAGCAUCAUCACUCUUCAAGGUUUUCCAACAACUCUAAGAGGUCAUGGAGAUGGAAACAUCGAAUGGAUGAAGAAGAAGAAGAAGAUGGCUAUACUUCAACAGAAUCCAGUGACUCUGAGUCUGAGCCAAACCAAGCUUCUCAUAGACAGGCACUUGGCCUGAGUCCUUCUGGUCCAUUAAACCUUAAAGACGUCAAAAAUGCAUAUCGAACUUGUGCAUUAAAAUGGCAUCCUGAUCGUCAUCAAGGGUCUACCAAGGAGGCGGCUGAAGCCAAGUUCAAGCUCUGCAGUGUGGCUUAUCAAUCUUUGUGCGAAAAGCUAGCAGUGAACUAAGAUAGAGUUAGAUAGGUUUUGAUUACGUAGAGAUAUCUCAUCAAAUAAUUUCCAAAAUAGUUCAUUUCUAAGCUUUGGCAAAAGCCAAUGCACUACAGGAUACAAACAAUGCCUUUGUUCUGUCAUUUUUUUGUUAUUAAACUUUCUUAAUUUACUAGUGAUGUGUAUUUGUAUCU